AUGCCGACGCCUCGCCUCGAGCUGCCGGCGGCAGGGCCGCUGCUGUUUCCUCGCUACGUGGACGCGGACAGUCUCCACGCGGAGGACGACGCCGACCGAGCCGUCCGCAGCCAGUCGGUGCUUCGGGUCGUGGGUCUGCUCGGAGCUGCCAACUCGUCGCCAACGCCCAGGAAGCAAUGCGGCAGCCCCCGCGCCGCAGCGUUUGCCGCCCCCUCAGCGCCUGAGAGUCCGUCGCUCUACGGAUGCGACCCCCCCGGCCCCUUCCCCCGAAGGAAGCACGCAGCGUCGCCACGCGUGAGCAAGAUGGCCCCGUUGAACGCCCUCCCGCCCCGAGCGCCCUCGCCCGUCGGUGAGUUCCCCACGGACUCGGUCGUCUCGCUCGUGUCCUUAAUGUCGCCACCGUCGGGCGCCACGACCAUCCGGUCCCCGCGACGAGCGAUCCUGGGCCAGUCGGACGUGCAGAAGAUCACCAGGUGGCUGCAGUCGCUCUCGCGCGAGAGCGAGAGCUUCUCGUCCUACGCGCUCUACUGCGAUAUGCUGUUCCGAGAGAGUCGCGUGCUGACGCAGGGCAAACCCGCCCCCAACCGUCUGCAGACGGCGAUCGCGUUCCAUUGCCUGUGCAAGGCCACGAGUGUCUUCGCGAGACAUGAGAGCAUUCUGCUUCAGAUCUGCAACGACUUGGGGGCUGCCAUCUACAUGAAUCACGACCCGGCCUUGAUCCGCAACAGCGAGUUCGAGGCACUGGAGUUCUUCACGCGCCUCACCACGUUCUACGAGCAACACACCGUGUUCCACCAGCAGAGGCAAGAUCUCCAGCAAGAAAUGCUUAGACAGCAAGCGGCACACCAGCAGCGUCUGGACGAAGAGCGGACCCGAAACGAUCAGUUGAAACACUUGCAGCAGCAGCUCCACGUCAAUAAACUCGACCAGAUCAGUACGAAGAAAGCCCACACCAAAGACCUGAGCAGCAAGCUGCAAGAUAUUCUGCAGCACUUCCAGCACGUCAGCGAUGACGAGAAAGAGAAAAUCGUCCUCGGUGCGAUCGACGCAUUGCAUGCACACGUGUCGGCCACCGCGGUACUUGCAAUAACGGACGAGAUGGACCCAGCCGAGAAGGACAAACUUAUGGGCAGUUUGUUUCGGGAUGAAAUGAAGGAGAUCACGCAGCAAAUUGAGGCACAGGUGCUCGUCAAGUCGAAUGCGCACCAAAACAUGAUUCUGGAGCGCUCAGCUGCACGGAUCACUCGCUUCCAGGCACUCAUUUUGCAUGCAAUUAACCCCCCAGAGAGUGGCGAAGAUCCAAAAGAACACGGCAGCGCUGAAGCGGACGAUUGUUUGUGUGACCACGAUCGCAAAGUACUCGAGAGUAUCGGUGAUGUGGUCGAUGAGUUGCAACGGGAGAAGAAAAGUGCGAUGAGCCUAGAGCAAAAGCUGCAAGAGGCUGAAAAACUCGCGACUGAUCUGCGAUGGAAAAACAACGUGCUUGUGAACGAAGCGGAAGAGACUGCGAAAACACACGAGCAACAACUCCAAGAGAUCCGAGAUCAGCUCGCAGACGCUCAAAACUCAACCGACGACAAAGCUGUCCAAACAGAAGAUGGCGACGAAACUCGUCGCCAAAAUGAAAGUGGCGGUGGGAAGCGACGGCGCCAACUGGCUGGCUCGGACAGCGACGACGAGCUAAUCAUGAAGAAUCGAGCCAGGAACAAAUUCGGCUACGGUAUUGCUAACAUCAUCGACCAAGCGAAGAUUGCUCCGUCCAAAGUGCGCAAGAUUUUGCUGAAGCGCAAACCUCUGACGUUGAACGAGCUCCACAGUAUCAUUGUCGGAUACUACCAGGCCAAGAUGUUCCAAGACGUGCAGGAUGAUUCGUCAGGCAAACCUCGCGCGAACUUGGCGCAGUUCAUCAUGGAGAUAUACGUGCUACACUAUGGUCUGAAAGACCUAGCUGUCAGCCAGCUCAUCUUUCUGGAUGCUGCCAUCCGCAAGAACGCUCGAGAAAGCGCUCGUGUGCGGAUAUUUGGACUUCUCACAGGCUCUUUGGACCCGGAAUCCCAUGCCUGCUCCGUUCAAGGGGUCGAUUUCUUUCUGUUGGUGGUCGUGAUCAUCUUCAACGCUGGUGUUUACAAGAAAGGCAGGAAGCAAGCCGUGACCAUCGCACAAAACCUCAAGACGUUUUUCGGAGAUGGAAUUUUCGUUAGUCCGAAGUCUGUGACGGUUAAACACGAUUUGGUAUGCCAGACGAUUGAUCUGGCAUUCUCGUUUACACGGAAUGAGCCUGGGGGACCCCUGAGCCAACUGAAAGACGAGAUUCGACAGAGAUGCUCAGCCAAUCGUGGGGGCUUGGAUAUCGACAUGGUGCUGGAGAAGAUCAUGAAUUACUGGUUCGUGCUGUAUGAGCAACAGAUUCAGGACAUUCACAACAUGUUCACAAUGGUCGACACAAACGGCGACGGCACCUUGGAUUUUCAGGAGUUCUGCGAGCUGGUGGCAGUUCUUGAGCCAACUAUGGACCGUCGUGACGCGCUGGCGCUGUACAACCGCGCAGCAGGAGAAGAUAAUGUCAUCGACAAGGACGAGUUCGUGCAGGUCAUGCUAGCUCACCAGCGGGGCGUCAUCCUUGAGGAAUUCUAUGGCGGGGUGUCGAACAAGAAAAUCCUGAUGGGAAUCGAGCAGCGGAAGACCACGUUGUUGCCGCUAGGUUCGUCCACGGCGACGAGCCACGAAAAGGAGGAAGGGUCCUUCGCCUCAUUGACUGCAGCAAUGGCCUCUGUCUCAAUGCCCGCGGAGGCUUUGGAAGAGGAGGACGAGGAACCCACGAGUCUGGACGAUCUCGAGAAGACGGAGAGCCAACGAGUGCAGGAGAAUGUGUCCUUCCAAACGCUGUCUAGAUUGUCGACGUGGGCCGCAGAGGCCAAGAUGAAGCUGCGACGAUCAACAUCCAAAACUAUCAAAGAGGAGCAAGAAGCCGUAAGUGACACAUUCCAGGGUGACGCGACGCUCUUGCUGCAUCAAGCGCUGCAAAAGGCCAACAUUAGUGUAGCUUCGCCCAACGAGUAG